GAGAAGAUGACAGAGAUAGAAGUAGGGGGAGGUGUCAAGUCGCUGUUCUUCGUUUAUUGUUUCUUAGUGCUCAGUAUUUAACGUUAAAUCACAUCAUUUCUGAUUUCUGAAACAACCCCCAUCCUCCCUUAUUGCUAUCUCCCUCUUUCUGACACUUUUUUUUUUUUUACUCUCUCUUUCUUUCGCUUCCCUGGUUUUCUUUUUCAAUUUUUUUCCCAAACUAAAAACACCCAUGUGCUUUUGUUUUGGUUGCUUUUGAGAACUGAACGAAGAGAAAACCCCCCCUUUUUUUUUUAUUAAAAAAAAGAGAGAAGAAUCUUAUAUUCUCUAAUACAUGCUCUGUUUAUCAACAGGGGAGAAAGAGAAAGAAACUCUCAUUUCCCAACUAUAACUAGCUUAUUAUUAUCCACUCUUCUUAACUUUUAUGCUUCUUUUCCUCUUUUCUAGCUGAGUGAACUCUUUCUUCCCGAAUUCUACUCAAGAAAUGACUAAAGAAGAAGACUUUAAGCUCCUCAAGAUCCAGACUUGUGUUCUCAAAGUGAACAUACACUGUGAUGGCUGUAAGCAGAAAGUGAAGAAACUCCUUCAGAGGAUUGAAGGUGUUUACCAAGUACACAUAGAUGCAGAGCAACAGAAGGUUACAGUAUCAGGAAGUGUAGAUUCUGCAACUUUGAUUAAGAAAUUAGUCCGAGCUGGUAAACAUGCCGAGGUUUGGUCUCAAAAAUCCAACCAAAACCAAAACCAAAAGCAAAAGAACAACUGCAACAAAGAAGACAAGAACAAAGGCCAAAAGCAAGGCAUCCUCAAAAACCUAGAAGCCUUGAAGAACCAGCAUAAGUUCCCCAUUGCAUUAAGCUCUGAAGAUGAUUAUUUUGAUGAUGAUGAAGAAGAAGAGGAGGAUGAACUCAAUUUUCUCGGGCCAAGUCAUCUGGGUCUUAUCAGGCAGCAAAUUGAGGCAAGCAAUGCAAAGAAAAACAUUGGAGCCAUGGCAGUAGCACCAAAUUGUGGUAAUAAGAUGAACAAUAACGUGGGCAAUGGGAAUGCUCAAAAGAAAGGAAACCCGAACCCAAAUCAGAACAUGGGAAUGAAGAUUAAUCCAGGUGGGGUUGAUCAAAAAGGCAUGGCAGCUUUAAAAAUGAACGGUGCCCAAUUAGGUGGAAACAUCAAUUCUGGGGAAGGAAAAAGGGCAAAUGAAAUUGCAACCAUGAUGAACCUUGCUGGUUUUCAUGGAAAUGUUGGUAAUCUUCCUAAUUCAGCUGCUGCUUUAGGAGGUUUUCAACAAGUUCAAUCCAAUAUGGGAUAUCAAGGAUCAUCUGGAGGAGGAGGAUUCCCUAGUGGUGGAUAUGCUACAGGGCAACAUCCAUCAUCUAUGAUGAUGAACAUGAAUGGAUAUAACCAUCCAGCAUCUGCGGCAUCCAUGAUGAUGAACAUGCAAAACAGGCAUAUGAUGCAGCAGCAGCAGCAGCAGCAGCAACCUCAACCUCAAAUGAUGUAUCACAGGUCUCCUUUUAUUCCACCUAACACUGGCUAUUACUAUAACUAUAGCCCUGCUCCUUACCCUGAACAGCAACCCAAUUACAAUGGUGAUAACUCUGCAACAGCAACCCACAUGUUCAAUGAUGAAAACACCAGCAGCUGUUCAAUAAUGUAAUUAAAGAGAGAAUGUAGAAAUUCUCUUCAGACCUCCCUCUCGUUUCCAAAAAAGAAAAAGUGUGGGGGUUUGACUUGAAAAUUUAAUGGAGUUAGUGGUCUUUUGACAGUAUUCUCUGGUGGAUGUCCUGUAAUGGGACGUCUCAGUGAAUCUUAUCAGUGUAUUGUGUAGUUGUUAAGAUGAUGUUUGUCUUUUUUUAUUAGUUCAAUUCUGUCUCAAUGUUUUUUCUUUGUUUCA